CGUGUAUCACAUAGUGGUUGAGAUAAAUAAACAAUAUGAGCACCUUGCGCUCUGAGCUAAACCGCCCUCUCUCGCAAUCCAUUUCUCUUCGUGGCUGGAAAAAGCUCAUGAAUUCCACGCCUCAAUCAGCUUCCUGUUAGGGUUUCAUUUUCCCGCGAUCUCGAUUCCCCGGAGCAUAUCCUCUAGCUCUCUUUCAUUUCCCUACCAAGACUCAUAUUUGGGCGAAUUCCCCGAUUCAAAAUCCUGAAGAGCUAGGGUUCCGAGCCUUUUGGGGACAAAUUUGUAUUGGGGUUUGGGAGUAGAGAUGUUCUAUGGGGCGGCCGUGUGGGAUCCUUGGCUCAUUGUUGCCCAAAUCGUGUGCCUUCAGUGCCUGUACUACUUGACCAUGGGGAUAUUCAUGGCCGUUUUAGUGGGAACUCGGGUGUCCCGAUUGAGCCUUGUGUAUUUCUUUGAUUAUGGCAGUAUCACGGCUGCUACUGUCACCGGCUGGUGUGUCAUUGCUUCGUUUAUUCUCAGCUCAAUCGUGGGGGCUGGAAUCUUGGUAUAUCUGAUUGAGAGAGCCAAGAAGUGCUUGGAUUUUUCUGCCACCUUAUACAUCAUUCACCUUUUUAUAUGUAUUGCAUAUGGGGGUUGGCCUUCCUCGUUAACAUGGUGGGUUGUGAAUGCUACUGGGUUUGCAAUAAUGGCAUUGUUAGGUGAAUUCCUGUGCAUACAACGUGAAUUGCGAGAAAUUCCUAUACCAAGAUACCGUCCAAAUAUUUAAUUUCCCAAAUAUUCAAAGGCAAUGGACAAAUUGAGUAUGCCAGCAACUCUGAUUUCCCAUGGAUAUGAUUCUGCAAAGAAGAAUGUGAAAUGGUUUGAAGCUUAUAUGCACAUGAUGAUAUGCUUUCCAUGGCUAGAAGGCUAUCAAGCAAACAUUUGAUUGACGAUGAUGGAAAAGAAGGAACGACACUUGGAUACUGUUC